AUGAUGACCAUUGCUGUUGUUGAUAUUUGUUUUGGGCAGAUGUUGGAUGUAUUCCACCGCCGGUGCCAGAAAGACUUGAGUGGGACCCCGACAGACGAACAUCCUACCCUACAACGGCUGUUACGUGCCUCCUACAAGACCCGGUAUGUGAGCAAGAAUGCCGUCAACUAUAACGACCCUGGGGGCUACAGGAUCAGGGUAGAUGCCACAACCCAUGUCAGAGACCAUGCCCUAGAUACGGGCGCUGAGAUAAUCCAUCGUAUGACGAGUCACAUGUCGAGCGCCACAUUCAACCGCCUAGCCUCCCAUGCUACUGUCGGUGUUUUCACAUCCUGGGAGCAUAUAACUAUCUUCACCGAGUAUUACAGCGUCGACAACCCGGCCGGAUGCUGUGAACAAGACUAUACGUGUUGUGCAGGGCAGUGCAGGACGUCCUGUACGUUUGACGGCCGUAAGUUCUUCAAACUGGCUGGAGCCGGGGGCCAGCGGACCGGGAUCCUUGAUGACAACAUUCUGUGUAACAGCGCGGAUCCUUACUACGGCAAAUCUAAUAUUCUCGUCCACGAGUUUGCUCACACGAUUGAUAAAUAUAGAUCAGAGAAAACUAAUUUUUCAAUUAUCCUCCAGUUUAUAACAAACGCGUUUAACGCCGCUAAGGGAACCCAUGUCUCUGCUCCAGGACAAUACGCCAUGCAGACGGAAGAGGAGUAG